GUUCUGGGUGGAAUUGAACCAAGUCUGUACAGGGGUGAUAUUUGGUACACACCGAUCAAAGAGGAGUGGUAUUACCAGGUUGAAAUUCUCAAACUGGAGGUCGGAGGACAGAACCUUGAAUUGGACUGCAGAGAGUAUAAUGCCGAUAAAGCAAUAGUAGACAGCGGGACCACGCUCCUCCGUCUGCCCCAGAAAGUCUUCAGUGCUGUUGUGCAAGCAAUAGCUCGCACGUCCCUGAUACAAGAAUUCUCUUCUGGUUUCUGGACUGGUUCACAGCUUGCAUGCUGGGAUAAAACUGAAAGUCCUUGGUCCUUAUUUCCCAAACUCUCCAUCUACCUGAGGGAUGAAAACUCCAGUAGGUCGUUUCGGAUCUCUGUCCUACCACAGCUUUAUAUUCAACCCAUCCUUGGAAUAGGAGACAACUUACAGUGCUACCGAUUUGGCAUCUCUUCCUCCACGAAUGCUCUGGUUAUUGGUGCUACAGUCAUGGAAGGCUUCUAUGUAAUAUUUGACAGAGCCCAGAAGAGAGUUGGUUUUGCAGUGAGUCCAUGUGCAGAAGUUGAUGGCUCUCCAGUAUCUGAGAUUGAAGGCCCUUUCACAACAGCAGAUGUUGCAAGCAACUGUGUUUCUAGCGUUUCUUUCCAUGAACCAGUGUUGUGGAUUGCCUCCUAUGCUCUCAUGAGCGUGUGUGGAAUUAUCCUCCUUGUGCUGAUCAUCCUGCUGCUUAUUCCACCACGGUGUCAGCAUCACUACACUGACAAUGACGUGGUCAAUGAUGAAUCCUCCUUAGUGCAUCAUCGAUGGAAAUGAGAAAUUUGAUUAUGAAACCUGAGACUUAAACAGAAUGAAGAACAGAGUACUUUGCCAAGGGGAAGAAGCCAAUGCCUCAGUCCUUUCUACGUUCAUUAAAGAUUGUUGAAAUCCCGCCAAAUAUCCUGCAUCAUAAUUUUUAAAGCUUUAUUUUCUAACACCGAUUCUGAACCAAAGCACUGUUAACCACCUCUUAAGUGCUAUGGUACUGGACUUGCUACUGCAGUACAAUGAGCCUUUAUGCUCUCAAUAGUACCUUUUUUUUAAAAAAAAAAAGAAUGAAAAAAAAAAAGAAAAAAACACACCAUGAUGUUCUUCCGCUGUCUGAACAAAAUUGUCCAUCUCCCUUUCACAAAAAAGGAGCUGUCAGUAUUUUCUAACUAAUCAAACCCUGACUGUAGAAAAAGAGAAAAAACUUAAUCAUCUUUCUAAUUAAUUGCAUUAAAUGAAUACUGCUUUCUGUUUACAUCAAUUCAUGUUGAAACUGUGCUCAUGGUGUGGGGGAGG